AUGCAGUCGAUUACCUUCGCGGCCGACUUUGGCUCGCUGCUGAACCAGUACAAGGUCCUUGAAUUGAGCGAGGAAUUGCUGCAGGAGAUUGAGCAAGGCCAGGGAGAGGUAUGCAUCAAAGGAGCGCCGGCAGAGGAGGCGGUGCUAUGCACCAAGGACACCACUUAUUCGUUGCGACAGCUUGAUACAAGGGAGGUGCAGAGCAUGUUUACUGGCUACCUCGAGUUGCACGAAGUGCUGCCCCGAACUGGUGUGCUGCCCGCUCUACUCGGAGAGUGCCCCUACGAGGGAGAAGAGGCCGAGGAGGAGAAGGAGAUGGCCCUCGAGACAGCGGAAACUACGAAGGGAAGGAAGUACACAUGGGAAGCCUUGCGCAAUCAAGUGCAAGCCAGCGACCAGCAGCUACUCAACGCGCUGAAGAGGAUCAACGCGUUCGAGUGGAACGGUCACUGGCGAUUGCUGGGCAGAUCGUUCAUAACUGAGUUGAUGGAUAGGAUCAUCACGGCCGCGCAUGCCAACGAGUGGCCCCUGUCCGCCAUACCCGUCGAGGCCUGUCAGCAAAACCUCAGGAUGUACCCUGGGCAAGUUGUAGAGCACUGCCUUCGGAUCUACAGUCGCUCUACGGAGUCACCAACGCCUGACGUCGUCGCUCUUGAUCCCACGCUCCUGUGCGCGAUGCGAGCAGAGGACAUUCUCCUCGAAGGGCCUGACAAGCCCUGGGUCCUCAGUGACUUCAUGGGGAAGUGGAAGGACCGCAUGCAGAACGACGACAUCACCCUCUCCCCCUCAUCAGAGAUGCUCAAGGGGAUCGCCUUGGUGUCGACUCUUGGCACCGAGCGACGAUUGACCUAUCUGCCCAACACAUCUCUGCCGCCCACAGCGCCAGCGCGUUUCGCGUUCCUCUUCAAUAAGCAGAGGAAGUGGACCCUCGACGAAGUCACGCCCUACAUCGAGGACCUCGUGGAGCCCGGAAUGACCGCAGAGAAGCUGCUGAUGAAGUAUGCCCGCAUGAGCGAGCAGAACGGCCAGCGCUUCUUCACCCCACGCUGA